CUAUAAAUUUUACAGAUACAAGUCCACAAAAAAUUCAUCCAUUGAAAUAAUUACAUCCACAAGCUCUGUAUCUACAUCAAAGACCUUGAUCUGUCACAUUUCAAAAAGACCUUACCUACAUCCAAGGAUCCACUCAUUUUUAUCAAUAGAUGUCUUGAUAUUUAUUAUUUGUAAAGUCUCGUCUAAUCUAAAAUUCAUCUAUUUUUUCUAUACCAGUCAAAAAAAGUUAUACUAUUAAAUAAACGCGUCUGUUCCACCAAACACAUUGCAACAUAGUCAAUAAUAUUGAGACUAAUUAUUUUACGCACACCCUGUAUGUAGUUUUUUGUAUGAGCGAAUCAUACGACACGCACGCAACUAUGUGUGAGAAGCGUAUGUAUAAAUACUUCGAUCAUGAUUUAUUCAGUAAAUCAUGCACGCUGAGUUUUAUCGCACCUCCAAACGGAAGCGCGUCCGACGGAAAGUAAUCACCGUACAUCGCAAACACUUGGAUUGUGAAUCCGGAUAUGACGGAUGCCCGCCUACGAUUUUUCAAGAAACAAAGCGAACAAUCGUUUCAAUCAAGGAUCCGCCCGUGUUUUCUUUCACGUUCGAGAGCGCAUUGACCCGGAGUCGCUUUCAAGCUUUACCGCAGUCGGAUGAAGAAACCGGUAUUGCCUCGAGUGAAAAGAACGUUUUAAAACGAUGGGUCAAAAAACUGAAGAAAGUAAUACGUACAGCUAUGACGAAAAGACUGAAAACAACGCACAACAAGAUACAAGAUCUUCAGAAGAUGAGAGACAACAACAAUCUAUGUUACCAAAGACGGGAAGUGCAACAAGACAAGGUAAAGAAUAUAUUCCAAGAUCUGGGAUGAAGAAGUACAAUCCUGCUCUGAGUAAUUUAAUACCAGUACGAUACCGAAAUCAGAAUAAAGAAACAUCACCAUCAGAUAAUGCUGGAUUAUUUUCUUACGUGUACAUAACAUGGAUGACCAAGUAUUUAUGGAAGGCUUAUAAGAAAGGACUGACAAUACAAGACUUGCCAAGCAUUUCGAUAUACGAGAGUUGCGAAUACAACGCACUCAGACUCGAUGUACUUUGGCAACAGGAACUGACCAAAAACGGCCCUAAUGCAGCCUCGUUUUCUAUGGUCGCAUGGAGAUUCGUACGCACAAGAGUUUGUGUAGCGUGCUGUUUGUUAAGUUGUUCCCUUAUUUUCGGAUUUAUAAGUCCAACAAUAUUGAUGAGGAAGAUAUUAGACCACGUGGAGUCUCCAGAAGAGAAUUUCUGGGACGGCAUGAAAUGGGUUUUGUUACUGACACUGUGCGAUUCCUUGCGCGCGUUCUUCUUCACGUGGACGUGGAACAUGAACUACAAAACUGGAUUACGGCUAAAAGCAGCUUGCACAGCUCUGUUAUACAAGAAGAUUAUCAGACUGAACAACCUUGGCAAUAAAAGUACAGGAGAAGUGAUCAAUUUAUUCUGUAACGAUAGUCAAAGGCUUUUCGACGUAAUUAUUUAUGGACCGAUGAUUAUUAGCGGACCAAUAGUCAUCAGUUGCGGUGUAGGUUACGUGUUGUGGUUUUUCGAACCUAUUGCUAUAGUAGGAAUGAUAGCUUUUAUAUCAUUUUAUCCGUGUCAGUACCUCAUUUCUCGCGCGGCCACUUACUUUCGUUCGAAAAUCGUAACCAUCACGGACGCUCGAGUACGGCUGAUAAGCGAAAUUCUUGAAUGCAUAAAAUUGAUCAAGAUGUACUCUUGGGAGAGAUAUUUUGGCCGGAAACUUCUUGAUAUUCGCAAGCAAGAGGAACGGUGGCUUCAUAAGAACGCGUAUUUUCAAAGCCUUAGCAUUUCUCUGACACCAGCUGUACCUGUGAUAUCGGCGAUCGUUACCUUUUUAUCGCACGUUGCUUCAGGCAGCGGAUUAACGGCUGCACAGGCUUUCCCAAUGACUACAUUAUACGGAAAUUUGCUUAGACUGGCACUCACGUCUCUUAAGGAUACUACGCGAUAUUUUAUCAGCGCUCUCAUAGCUCUUAGAAGAUUUAAGGUUUUUCCCUUCGUAUCGGUGCUCAAUGCUCAAAUUCGUACUUCUUUCAUGUUUGUACAAGUGGCCUUAAGUAAUAUCACUGCAGUAAAGAUAACUUUUGGCAGGAUAAAGGACGUGCUGCUGUUGGAAGAAUGCAAUUAUCCAGCGUCGAAACCGAUUGUGAGAUCGCAAGCAGUUGCGAUUGCUAAUGGCACCUUCGUUUGUGAUAGCAUGAAGCUUCAAACGGAUGCAUCGGUCAGCAAUAAAAAGAAGAAAAAAAUCGCAACGAUCGCCGACAAUCCGAUGGAAUUGGAAAGCUUGAGUCAACCGACGCAGGAAGCGAAAUACGUCGAGGUACUCAGCGAUAUUCACUUUGGCGCGCCAAAAGGAAAACUCGUCGGUAUCUGCGGCCAUGUGGGCAGCGGUAAGUCCAGUUUGCUACUGGCAGCUUUGGGACAGUUGAGAAUGACGAAGGGACAGAUUCUGCGGGAAGGCACUUGCGCUUAUGUCAGUCAACAAGCGUGGAUCAUAAAUGGCACCGUCAAGGAGAACAUCUUAUUCGGCGAGAAUUUCGAUGCCAGACGUUAUUACUACACGGUUACGAUCUGCGAUUUGAAGGACGAUCUCAACAUGCUGCCGGGAGGAGACGACACGGAGAUCGGCGAAAGAGGAAUCAAUUUGUCGGGAGGGCAGAAGCAGAGAGUCGCACUUGCGCGAGCGUAUUAUGCUAAUCGAGACAUUUACUUUCUUGACGAUCCUUUGAGCGCCGUUGAUGCGUACGUUGGUUCUUACAUAUUUGAGAAUUUGAUUCUCGAAGGUCUUAGAAACAAGUCCGUUCUCUUCGUGACGCACAAUAUUCAGUUUUUAAAACGUUGCGAUGAAAUCUACAUGAUGAGUGAGGGCAGGAUUGUGGAACAUGGAACCCACGAGGAUCUCAUGCGACUCGACAGGGAAUACGCGUCGAUGGUGAAGAGCAGCAUAAUCGCGGCGGAGGAAAAUACAUCAGCUGAAAGAUCCACGGAAGCAAGGCAGAAUAUCGUCAGCGCUUCCACGUCUCAAAACUCGAGACACAUAGAAAAUACUGAGAAGGAAAAAUUGAACAAAGGAGCAAUUUUAACGGUAACGGAAAAAGCUGAAACCGGAGCUGUCAAGUUGCACACUUAUCACACGUAUGUACACGCCACUGGUGGUUAUCUUAUGGCGAUUUUUGUCUUCCUGAUGUUCUUCCUGAAUGUGGGCAGUUCAGCCUUCAGUACCUGGUGGCUCGCUUUAUGGAUUAAAGCCGGCGGGGGUAACGUCACUGUUCCCGGCAGCAAUGAUACGACAUAUUCGGACAAUAUAAACGCUAAUCCUGAUUUUUCAUAUUACAAAAAUAUAUACGCCGCGUGUAUCGCUGUCAUACUGCUGACGAGCUUCCUUCGCGGCUUUGCCAUCAUGUUCGCAACGAUAAGAGCCUCAACCGCGUUACACAACUCGUUUUUUCACAAAAUCAUUAAUUCCCCUUUACAAUUUUUCGAGACUACUCCGAGUGGCAGAAUACAAAAUAUCUUCAGUCGAGAUGUAGACGAAAUUGAUAAUUAUUUACCCAUAUCGAUAGAAAACAUGGUGCAAAAUAUUUUUACUUGUAGUUUUGCUAUUUUAUUUAUUUGCGCCGUCUUGCAUUGGUUCAUAUUACCGUUAUUCGUGUUUGGUGUGCUCUUUUUUAUCGUUAGCAAAUUUUUCAGGAUAGGCAUGAGGGAUUUGAAGAGAAUGGAGAAUGUCUCGCGAUCUCCCGUUGUAAGUUUCGUCACAACGACGAUCCAAGGUUUGAACACAAUUCACGCGUUUCAAAAAGAAAAGAAUUUUCUAUAUAGAUUCGAGGAGUUAUUCAACACGAAUAACUUGUGUCAGUAUCUGUGCCAAGCCGCGAUGAGAUGGUCCUCGGUGAGACUGGACAGUUUGGUAAUCGCCUCGUCCUGUAUAAUCGCGCUAUUUGUAAUCUGGUUUAAGAACGAAAUAUCGCCGGCUUUUGCCGGUCUGGCUAUGGCAUACGCCACCCAGAUGACCGGCAUCUUUCAGUACACCGUCAGACUGAUGUCCGAGACGGAAAUGCGCUUCAUUAGCGUAGAAAGAAUCAGUCACUAUCUCAGAACUUUGCGAAGAGAAGGUGCAAGCAAAACAGUUACCGUUAAACCAGACGAUAAUUGGCCUUCUCGCGGCAAAAUAGAGUUCAAGGCCGUUCAAUUGAGAUACAGGGAAGAAUUACCACUUGUGCUAGUUGAUGUCUCGUUUAGUAUAAAGGCUGGAGAAAAAAUAGGCAUUGUGGGUCGCACAGGAUCUGGUAAGAGCUCUUUGAUCGUUGCUCUGUACCGAUUAGUUGAGUUUUGCGAGGGUGUCAUUGAAAUCGACGAUGUUGAUAUCUCGAAGAUAGAAUUAGAUGUAUUGAGAAAUAGACUGUCGAUUAUUCCUCAGGAUCCAAUUUUGUUCAGCGGAACGAUAAGAUCAAAUUUGGAUCCCUUCAAACGGCAUAAUGACGGCGACAUUUGGAGCGCUCUCGAAAAGACUCAAAUGAAAGAUAAGGUGUCCCUCAUGCCGGGAAAUCUGGACGCUUCCGUCGGUUUCGGCGGAAAUAAUAUGAGCGUCGGCGAAAGACAGCUUCUUUGUCUAGCCAGAGCUUUAUUACACAGCACUAAAGUGCUGAUCUUAGACGAAGCGACAGCCGCGGUAGAUCCGGAAACUGAGGCAACAGUACAAAACACUCUGCAAAAUGUUUUUGUGGAUUGCACAGUACUUACGAUCGCUCAUCGGUUGCAGACGGUUGUCACGUGCGACCGUAUUCUCGUUAUGAGCGAUGGCAAAGUCGUCGAAUUCGACGUGCCGUCCGUACUUCUCUCUCAACCGGAUUCCGAGUUUUCGAAAUUAAUGACUGUCGCAGAAAAAAACGCGUAACACAAUUAAGAGAUCUGACUUGCGAUUAAAGAGCGACAAUUUAUAUUGAGCAAUAUAUUGAUAGAACAAUGUAAGUUUAUGAAAGUUAAAACAAUUAAACUGACUCAGACUUCUGAAUGUAAAUCGAAACAAAUAUCAUAUUAAUUGAUAUUAAAAUUAGAAUAUCUAUUAAUAUUGAUAUGUGAUUAAAGAUAUUUUGUAUAGAAUA